AAGCGAUUUAAGAAAGACUAUACUCCUCACUCAUCAAUCCAAAUACACUUUGCCUAUAUUUUGUAAGGUGUCGGUGACACCCCCGGGUUUCUCUCUUUUGUUGAGUCACUUUCAUUCAAUUUUGCCCCCAACACUAUCAUCACUACUUUCCCUUAUUAAAAUAUUAUUUGUCCUACGUAAUUUCUUCCAUUAUAUUUUAAUUUAUAUGAAUUAAUAUUUCUAUUUUUUUAAGGAUAUGUAUGAUUCAUUUAUUUUUAUUUUUUAUUUUCUUUCUUACUUGUAAAUAAAUAUUCACUAUUUUAAGCUAUUAUACUACCCCAUUCUACUGAAAAUGUCCAAUUUAUUUUUUUACGUUAUCUAAUGUACUUAUUUAAUUUUUAAUAUCUUUUGUUAUACAUAACAAAAUAUUAUAAAUAAUCUUUACAUUAAUUUAAAUCAAACAAAAUCUCACUAAAUUUUUAAUUUAUAGUUUAAAAAACAUAUAUAAAUUAAGAAUAACAAGUAAACAAAACAAUUUUUAGUGAAGUGAAGAGAAUAUUUGAUAUUUUAUCAUCCUUAUAAAAAGUAAAUGGGGCUAAAUACUUGAGGAGUGUAAAUGAGUCUCAACUACUGUGUCUGCGAUUACAAUACAAAAAUGCUUAAAUGAAUUUUUUUUUCUUACACUAACUAUAAUUGUAUAAUAUAAAAUUACUUGUAAAAUUCUAGACUACGAUUCUUAUUUUCUCUCUCUGUUGAUCUCAGUAAUUCACGAAAGAUCCAAGUUAUUACCUUUUGAUUUUGUUUAUAAUCAAUUUAGUACAACCUCGCUUCUGUUUCUGUCAGCUUUGGAUCUGCAGUUUCUUAAAGGGUUAUGCUCCAACAUUGGUUAUAAUUUUAAUUGGCUGAUACUCAAAUUAAGGUUGGAUCUUGUGUAAUUUAUUGUAAAAAAUUUGUGGGUUGUUUGUGAAUAUUAAGAAAUUGCUAGGAAAUGAGUUGAGUGUUGUUGGGGGUGAGAUAAGUUGUGGGUGUUGUUAUAAUGGAGAAUCUUAGUACUUCAAAAGAUGGGGUUUCUGAACCUGAUCUUGAAAUGGGUGGUGGUUAUGAUAACUUAGAAUUAAGUGGAGUUGAAACAAUUGAAAACUAUAAGAUGAAGCAAUCAUACAAUAAUAAUGGAGAGUCUAAAUAUGAAAAUAUGGUAGCUACGAGUAUUGGGAAUGAGUUAGAAGAUGUGAAAUCAAUGGUAGUGGAAGUGGAGGUGUCUGAGAAGAAGGUAGUUAAAGAGAGGCCAAAAGCUAUGAGUGCUAAGAAACCCCCAAAACCACCACGCCCACCUAGAGGUUUGUCAUUGGAUUCAGCUGAUCAGAAGUUGAUUAGAGAACUUCAUCAACUUGCUAAGCUUAAACGUGCUCGUGUCGAGCGUAUGAAAGCUUUGAAGAAGGCUAAAGAAGCUAAGCUUGCUUCUUCUAAAAAUCAGUUGUUUGCAACUUUGCUCACUGUUUUGUUCUGCCUAGUUGUGCUUCUUCAAGGGAUUUCAUCUAGGACUAAUCCAGCUGCAAGUUUCCAAGGAUCACCUAUCUCAACCGCAGUUACAGAACAUAGUAUCAUAUCUGUUCAGCACAACCCAAUUUCCUCAGCAAGCUAUGUUAAUAAACCAAGUUCUGAAUCUCCCAGAUUAGUGGAGCAGUCUGCUGGGGUUGAUAUAGCAGAACAGGAAAGCAGAGCAGUAGGCUGAGUACCAGGAUGGAGUCCUGAGAGUUCUCACGUUAGGUGCAUCUGUUUUUUCUUCCGCUACUAAAGAAUGUGUAAAAACUUCCAUACUAAUAAAAAAAAAGUAAAUUUACCAGGAAUAAUACAAUCUUUUGCUUAUUUUCCUAUAAUAAUACCAACUUUUGAUUAAUUAUGAAUUAUAUCAACAUAGGGGUGUGUUUUCCUAAAAUAUCCCUUACAUGUUAAAAAUCAAACUGUAGGAGAUUAUAUGACAAAAAAAAAUUGGUAACUUAGCUAAUAAAUUAAAGUUGGUAUUAUUUUAGGAAAAAACCCCCUAAGUUGGGUAUUAUUAUAGGAAAAUUAACGAAAGGUUGUAUUAUUCACGGUAAUUUUUCCAAAAAAAAAAAUAGAGUUAUCUGUUUUUGAGAUGUACAUAGGCGUUUCAUAAGCAUAUAUUAUGUAUUCCCCAGCUUCAGGGAGAAGUUAAACAUCUUUCAAUGAAUAGAGAGUAAUAUUAUCUUGCAUUUUAUGCAAAUAUUUCAAA